CGAACGCUACACUCGUUCACUGCCAAAAGCAAAAUGAAAUUUGCUGCCUUUUACAUUGGUGCAGCCAUUUUGAAUAGUCUUGCGAUCGAAGGAGCAAGAAUACUGUCUGUCUUUCCCUAUCCAGGACCAUCGCAGUAUAUAUUUAUAGAACCCCUACUGAAGGCUUUGGCUGAAAGAGGUCAUGAAGUCACCUCAAUUUCUACAUUCCCCCAAAAAGAGCCUUUGAAAAACUUUCGAGAUGUGCCAAUUAUGGAGAAUAUCAAGGUUUUUGAAGAUAUGAUGACUGAAGCUGCUGAGGGUCAAUCCAAAUCCUAUUUUGAAGAAAUCAUGCAAUUUUCUAAAAUUGGCAGUUUGGUGGUAUCGAAUAUUUUUGAAAAUGCCCAAGUGCAACAACUUGUGCAAGAAUCCAGUUUUGAUUUACUCAUCGUCGAGGUCUUGGGAACCGAUGCUUUGCUGGGCUUGGGAGAAGUUUUCAAAGCCCCCAUCGUAUCAGUGGCCACUUUUGGCACCAUACAUUUCAUUGACUAUUUGGUGGGCAAUCCCUUGCCACUCUCCUACAUUCCCUAUAUGAGUUUGUCAUAUGGCAAUCAUAUGUCACUCAUCGAAAGGACCAUAAAUUUUGGCACCGAAUUUAUUGAUCGUUUGUGCUUCAACUUCUUCUUGUUACCUCAUCAAGAGCAGCUGUACAAGAAAUACUUUCCCAAUGCCCAAAUAGGGUUUGACGAGGCCCGCAGAAAUGUCUCCUUGGUGUUGCUCAAUGAUCACUUCACUCUGAGAGCACCUAGACCCUAUGUGCCCAAUAUGGUGGAGGUGGGUGGUCUACAUAUAAAACAAAAGCCUAAUCCCUUGGCCAGGGAUUUACAAGAGUUCCUCGACAAUGCCAAAGAGGGUGCAAUUUAUUUUUCCAUGGGCUCGAAUAUUAAAAGCAAAGAUCUGCCUCCGCAAACACUGAAGAAAAUUUUGGAUGUAUUUCGCGAAUUGAAAGUGAAAGUUUUGUGGAAAUUUGAAGAUGAAAAUCUGCCAAAUAAACCCGAUAAUGUGUUGGUGAGAAAAUGGUUUAAUCAACCCUCCAUUUUGGCCCAUCCCAAUGUUAAGCUCUUUAUAUCCCAUGGCGGUUAUUUGAGCACAACUGAGACCAUAUUCCAUGGGAAACCUGUAUUGGGCCUCCCCGUCAUAGCUGAUCAGUUUAUGAACAUAAAGAAUGCCAUAAAGUCUGGAUAUGCUUUGCAGCUGCGUUUGGACGAUUUGACCAGAGAAAACUUUAAGGAAUCAAUAGAGAAGCUAUGGAACAAUCCCAAGUACUAUGAAGCAGCUCAGCGUUUGUCGAAGAGAUUCAGAGAUCAGCCUUUAACACCUUUGGAGACUGCCAUCUACUGGGUGGAGUAUGUCAUACGCAAUGAAGGAGCACCUUAUAUGCGUAAUGCCGGCCAGGAUUUGAGCUUUUUGGAAUAUCAUAAUUUGGAUGUUUAUUUGCUUUUAGCUAUGGGCAUGUUCCUUCUCAUAGCCUUAAUGGCAUGUUUUGUUAGGUGCUUGAGAAAUAUGUGCUGCAAAUCUAAGCCAAAGAAAUCGAAAGUUAAGAAAAAUUAA